CGCCCCGCGCCGCGCGGGUAGUGGUGGAGCGGCAGCUCCGCAUCCCGCAUCGCUGCCGGUGCGCAGGGGGCCGCCCGCAUGGUGGACAUCCUCCUCCCGCGGCCGCUCCCGGGCGCCAUGGGGGAGCCCUCCAAGAGGCGGCCGGGGCUGGCCCUGUGCGCGGGCUGCGGAGGCCGCAUCCAGGACCCCUUCCUGCUGCGGGUGUCGCCGGACCUGGAGUGGCACGUCGCCUGCCUCAAGUGCGCCGAGUGCGGGCAGCCCCUGGACGAGACCUGCACAUGCUUCCUGCGCGACGGCAAGGCCUACUGCAAACGGGAUUACAGCAGGCUCUUCGGCAUCAAGUGCGCCCAGUGCCGGGCGGCGUUCAGCAGCAGCGACCUGGUGAUGCGCGCCCGCGACCACGUCUACCACCUGGAGUGCUUCCGCUGCGCCGCCUGCGGCCGCCAGCUCCUGCCCGGCGACCAGUUCUGCCUGCGGGAGCGCGACCUGCUCUGCCGCGCCGACCACGGGCCGGCCCCCGACGGCGCCGCCGUCCGCGGACCGCGCAGCCCCGCGCUGCCGCCGGCCGCCGCCGCGCACCUCGCAGAGCCGGUGCCCGGGCGGCCGCCCGCCCCGCGGCCGCCGGCGCACAAGGCGGCGGAGAAGACCACCCGCGUGCGGACGGUGCUGAACGAGAAGCAGCUGCACACGCUGCGGACCUGCUACGCCGCCAACCCGCGCCCCGACGCCCUGAUGAAGGAGCAGCUCGUGGAAAUGACGGGGCUCAGUCCCCGCGUCAUCCGCGUCUGGUUCCAGAACAAGCGCUGCAAGGACAAGAAAAAGUCCAUUCUCAUGAAGCAGCUCCAGCAGCAGCAGCACAGCGACAAGACGAGCCUGCAGGGCCUCACCGGGACUCCGCUCGUGGCCGGCAGCCCCAUCCGCCACGAGAGCGCCGUGCAGGGCACCGCCGUGGAGGUCCAGACCUACCAGCCGCCCUGGAAGGCGCUCAGCGAGUUCGCCCUGCAGAGCGACCUGGAGCAGCCCGCCGCCUUCCAGCAGCUGGUCUCCUUCUCCGAGUCCGGCUCCUUGGGCACCUCCUCCGGCAGCGAUGUGACUUCGCUGUCCUCCCAGCUCCCCGACACCCCCAACAGCAUGGUACCCAGCCCGGCCGAGACGUGAAGCGGCCGGUCCGCCCCGCCGCGGGACCUCCGCAUGCCUGCGCUCCCUGCAUGAGACACCCGGCCCCGGGCCGCUCCCAGAGCGCCGGACAAACGCCUUUGUUUUUUAAUUAUUCUUAUUUAAAAACAAACAAAAAAUAUGUUACUGUCGGCCAAAAAAGCACCGGGAUCCUCGCUGCCUUCACCAGACCGGAGAGAGAGCCCCUGCCCUGGUUUUUUCGUGGUUUUGGUUUGGUUUUUUUCUGCCCUGCGGAUUUCGGUGUUUCUUUUCCCCAAAGAAACUCGGAUUUCCCCGCCGAAGCCCGGCACAGUGACAGGCUUCCUCGCCCGCUGUUUGAGCUGGGGACGGUUUUUCUUUCCUUUUUGAAAGGGAAAAAUAAAUAAUAAAAAAAACCCCUACAAAAUGGGGACACUCCUCCGGCAUGCGGCCGCGGAGGUGGCCUGGACCUUCCUCCGCGGAGCCGCGCCGUCCAGCCUCAUCUCACACCGAUGCCUCACUCGGGCCACGCUGCCCGGCCCACCACGAUCGCUGGAAAAAAGGGACACGGAAACGAGACUUUUUAACGGGAAAAUCAGUACUAAUAAUGUUAAGUUAUCAAUGGACGAAGGACGGAUUGUUUGCGCCUUUAACGAUCAAAAGUAAGUUAUUGUUAUUUAUUGUCAGAGUCAGCGGUUGAAUAGUGGGAUUAAAUAUUUUGGACUUAAUAAAAAAAA